CAUCCCCUUCAUUUUCAAGUCAACUCCUCAGGCAAUUCCCACAACCCAGAACUACUUUCUAUUAUUUCCAUGAACCAAAACUCCUCAUCGGAACCGGACCUUCCAGUUCCGGCGCCGCCGCCAAUUCGUCUCAUGCCUUCCUCCCCAUCUAUUUCACUCACCACGCUGACUCCAACUUCCGGAGCUCAGAGGCGAAUAGCGAUCGCUGUCGAUCUAAGCGACGAGAGCGCCUACGCCGUCCGAUGGACCGUACAGAACUAUCUCCGCCCCGGAGACGCUGUUAUCCUCCUCCACGUUCGCCCUACCAGCGUCCUCUACGGAGCCGACUGGGGUGCUAUCCAGCUUGAGAUCAAUAACAACAGCAAUCGUAAUCAUGACGAUUCCACCGCAACAACUGCUGAUGAACAUGAGAGGAAUCAGAGGCUUGAGGAUGACUUCGAUAACUUCACGACGACGAAGGCUAAUACGCUAGCGCAGCCGCUGGUGGACGCGCAGAUUCCGUUCAAGAUACAUAUUGUCAAGGAUCAUGAUAUGAAGGAGAGGUUGUGUUUGGAGGUCGAGAGGUUAGGGUUGAGCGCGAUGAUAAUGGGGAGUAGGGGUUUUGGUGCUGUCAGGAUUAGCUCUAAGCUUGGCCGGCUUGGUAGCGUCAGCGACUACUGCGUCCAACACUGUGCUUGCCCUGUCGUCGUGGUCAGGUCUUCCGAGGACAAGGAUGGCCGUCGGGGUUCUUCCGAGGUUGCCUCAACACUAGUUGGCGAGGACGCGGAGCUCCAUCCCUUGCCCGAGGAAGAGCAGGAGUAUCAUGACGCUGAGGAUUAGAGCUGUUCAAAUAGAUGCCCGUGGAUGCUUAAAGCAGUGGCAAGCUAUUCCUGACUUCAGGUACUUUACGAAUUCUGGUUAUGUUACAGUUCCAAUUUGCUUUGCUGUAUAAACUGGUAUAUUUUUUAUUAUUAGCUAAAGAACUGAAAUGGUUUCCCUACAUCAAUCCUGUGGAGAACAUGAUCAACUUAGAGUAAGAAGGCAAAAGCUGAAGGCUGGGAAACAAGUUUAAGAAGGCAAAGAAAUUCAGUUUGGGUGAUGAACAUUUGUAAAGUGGAGUUCGUAGUGGUUUCUUUUAUUGUGAAUUGUGUGCAUCUGCAGUAUUCGUGCAUUGUUGUACAUUAAAAUCUGUAUGGUCUCCAAACUUGUGUACGACAAGAACAUAAUUGUAACCUUCUCAUUUUAAUUAUAAAACUGAUUGGUUAAUCAU